CCCUCCAGCCAGUAGAGCCCCAUCUGUUGAGGAAAUCCAAAAUUGGGAUGACAGGUGACUUUCAGUAUUUGGUUGGUCUUUUUGUCACUAAUUUGCCUGAUCUGCCUGGUUUCUCACACCCAUUCCUUUUAUCUUCUCUCACACUGCUCAGCAUUUAAAGUCUCCAUCUCCGGAAAAAGAGUGGUACUGACAUGCCCUCUGGAGCCUGACACUGACAACAUAGUAUGGAAAAAGAAUGAUAAGGAAAAAUCAACUGAUGGCCUAGAAUUAUCCAUGGAUAACUUUUCAGAAAUGGAGGAUAGCGGAUUGUACACCUGCGUUGCACAGCAGAAGAGCUUUCAUCUCUACCUGAGAGCAAGAGUGUGUGAGAACUGCAUGGAGCUGGAUCUCAUGACAGUGGCCUCAGUUGUCGUAGUUGAUGUCUGUGUCACUCUUGGCUUGCUGGUGCUGGUCUAUUACUGGAGCAAGAACAGGAAGGCCAAGGCCAAGCCUGUGACACGAGCAGCAGCUGCUGGUGGCAGGCCCAGAGGACAAAACAAGGAGCGACCACCCCCUGUUCCCAACCCUGACUACGAGCCCAUCCGGAAAGGCCAGCGGGACCUGUAUGCUGGUUUAAACCAGAGAGGCAUCUGACAGCUCCAGGAAUUGCUGACUCCCCUGCUAGUCCUAGCCUUGGCAAGCCUCGGAGCCCCCAAGAAAAAUGUUCCUCAACCUGGUGAUGAAGUCCUGUGGCCUAGUGCCCAGCUGCCCACUACCCACCUUCUUACUGGUGUCUGAUCCUGGGAUUUGCUGUUUCCUUGUCCUUGGAGACAUCACCACUAGCCUUGCCCCCUGCACCUGGCCUGCCAUUGGUUCUUUCAUUUCUGUUACUCACUCUCCCUCCCCCUCCCAUGUUGCAUCUGCCUUCAGCUCCCUCCUUCUGCUGUGUAUGAGUUGCCCUCUGCCCCUAACUAUUCCAUCUCUCUUCCUAUUUUUCCAGCUUUCUUUUUGCAACUCUCCCAGGGAUGGACCUGGUAAAUAUGGGCCACAGUCCUGCCCCAUCCAAAGCUCCUUGUCCAUGGCCAACCCUGAUUAACCUUCCUGUCAUGGUCACUGGUGCCCCGACUCCUCUGAGCAAAAGAAAAAUAAAGUGUCUUUGACUCAAA